AUGAAAUUAUCACGUCAUAAAUAUAUUCGUCGUAUACUUAAUUAUUAUCGUACAAAUUUUAAUAUUGAAUUUCCAUUUAUUAUAUUAAUUGAUGGAACAUUUGCAUUUGAAGCACUUAAAUGGAAAAUUCAAAUUGAUGAACAAUUAAAAGCUUAUUUAGAAACUCAACAAAUUAUUUGUUCAACUAGUUUAUGUGCUAUUAAAGAAACAGAAUUAUUAGGUGGAAUUGGAUUUGGUGCAAUGUUAAUAUUAAAACAAUAUGAAAUAAUAAAAUGUAAUCAUUAUCCAUCAAUAUCAGCUGAAAAAUGUUUUCAACAAAUAUUAAUAAAAGAUAAAACAAAUAAAUAUUUUCUUGCAUCACAAUCAUUAUCAUUACGAGAAUAUACUCAUAUUAAUCGUCCAGAUUUACCAACAAUGUUAAUAACACAUAAUGCAAUAAAUAUUGAACGUCCAUCAAUUAAUUCUUAUUCAAUAGUUGAAAAAAUAAAAAAAGAUAAUAGUAAUUUAACUAAAUAUGAAACAAAUAUAUUAAAAAAAAUAAAACAAGAAUUAAAUAUUAAUCAAAAUGAUGAUAAUAAUAAUAUUAAAAAAAGAAAGAAACAUGGAAUUAAUCCAUUAUCAAUUAAAAAAAAGAAGAAAAAUAUUUCUAUUAAUCAAAUAAAUAAUAAUACAAAUUAUUUAUUAAAAAAAAGACGUCGAACAAGACAAUUAAGAAUGUCAUUACAUUUAAAACAACAUUUAAAAGAAUUAGAAAAAACAUUUUCUAUUAAACAAUUUUUUCAUCUUGAAUAA